AUGGAUUUCAUCAAGACCAGUUCCCUGCGUGCUCUGAUUGAGUUAACUUUCCAACGCAACUGGAACGGCCUCAUUUGGAUGAGUAGAAAAGGAGUUAUAGCCAAAAGAGUGAAGACUGUCCAGACGGCUCUAUCGAGAAUCAGCGCCCAACCGCGCAGACCGGCUGGCCGAGGAACGAAUGUUCCGCGCUCGGCCAAAACCGAUUCCGUCCGUCUGAAGUCUCGGCCAAAACUCAUUUCAUCCGGCUGA